AUGGCAGUGGAGAUAGAAUCUGCUGAUGUGGUUCGUCUAAUUGAGCAGUACCUGAAGGAGAAUAAUUUACUGAGGACCCUAUCAUGCCUGCAGGAGGAGAGUGGUAUUUCCCUGAACACUGUCGAAUCUGUGGACAGUUUUAUCUCGGACAUCACUGCUGGCCACUGGGACAGUGUCCUUCAAGCUAUCCAAACACUGAAGCUGCCAGAUAAUACUUUAGUUGACCUUUAUGGCCAGAUUGUUUUGGAACUGAUCGAACUACGAGAGCUUGGUGCUGCCAGAUCACUGCUUAGACAGACGGAUCCCAUGAUUAUGAUGAAACAUAGCCAGCCUGACAGAUACAUCCAUCUGGAAAAUAUGCUGGCCAGGUCAUAUUUUGAUCCCCGUGAGGCCUACCCUGAAGGACAGACAAAGGAAAAAAGAAGAGCAGCUAUAGCACAAGCUCUUGCCGGGGAAGUGAAUGUGGUCCCUCCAUCGAGACUGUUGGCUCUGCUUGGACAGUCACUGAAGUGGCAACAACAUCAGGGACUGCUACCUCCAGGUACCACAAUCGAUGUGUUCAGAGGUAAAGCUGCUGUUAAAGAACAGGAAGAUGAGAAAUAUCCCACACAAAUGAGCAAACAAAUAAAGUUUGGUGUGAAGGCUCACGUGGAAUGUGCCAGAUUCUCUCCUGAUGGCCAGUACUUGGUGACUGGAUCCGUGGAUGGUUUUGUGGAAGUGUGGAACUUCACGACUGGGAAGAUCAGGAAGGAUUUGAGAUACCAGGCUCAGGACAAUUUUAUGAUGAUGGAUGAAGCCAUCUUGUGCAUGUGCUUCAGUCGGGACUCUGAGAUGUUGGCCACUGGUGCCCAGGAUGGAAAGAUUAAGGUGUGGAAAAUCAUUUCUGGGCAAUGUCUGCGCAAGUUUGAGAAAGCCCACACCAAGGGAGUGACCUGUGUGAACUUUGCCAGGGACAACAGUCAGCUGCUCAGUGCUUCCUUUGAUCAGACUAUCAGAAUUCACGGCAUGAAAUCAGGAAAGACACUGAAAGAAUUCCGAGGCCAUACCUCCUUUGUAAACGAUGCUAUUUUUACUCCAGAUGGCCAUCACAUUAUAAGUGCCAGCUCAGAUGGAACAAUCAAAGUGUGGAGUGUGAAGACAACAGAAUGCCAGAACACGUUCAAGUCUCUGGGAAGUGUCUCUGGUGGGGACACCACAGUGCAUAGCGUCUUCAUUCUGCCCCGAAAUGCUGAACAGUUUGUGGUGUGCAACAGGUCCAAUACAGUGGUCAUCAUGAACUUCCAGGGACAGAUUGUGAGGAGUUUCUCCAGCGGUAAAAGAGAAGGUGGAGAUUUUGUGUGUGCAGUUUUGUCGCCGCGUGGAGAAUGGAUCUACUGUGUGGGUGAGGACAAGGUGCUCUACUGUUUCAGUGUUGCCACUGGCAAGCUGGAGAGAACCCUGACGGUUCAUGAGAAGGACGUGAUCGGCAUAGCCCAUCACCCACACCAGAAUCUCAUAGCCACCUACUCAGAAGACGGUCUCCUUAAACUGUGGAAACCUUAA